CGGCAAACCCCUAGCGUUCAGUGUUUCCGCUUCCUCCGUAGCAGGCGUUACGCGCGGGCACUAUUUCUCCUCCGUCCACGGUUUUUCCCGUGUGUAUUUUCAAAAAAGUGCAACACCGAUUCACCUGUACGUUCGACAUCGAAGUAUCUAACGAGUGACGUUCAAUUAAUUCCUGACGAAAAAUCGUCAAACAAUAUUGGUUCGGUUGAAUUCUGAAACCUUCUCGUUUCGCGAGUUCUCGUGCAUUUUCCUAGAAGCAGUGUCAACGACAAAGGAAGCAAUGAUCGAUCUUCAUUGAUAACAAUCGAAAUCCUCGUGAUGACGGGAUAGUUUCUAGUGAAUAAAAGGAGUGAUCGAAAGAACGAUCCAAUACAAAAACGUGACAGUGCUCGAAUACAAGUUCUCAUUUUUCUGGUCUCUUGUCCUGGUUUUGUUUUGCGCAAGAAGCUUUCCAGAAAAGAAGAACCGCCACUACGGAUUCCAACGCUUCGAAGAAACCAUUGGAAUGACUUUCUUCAAGUGUCAUCUGAACAACGAGAUGCAAGUACAAUGUGCCACACGGAGAUCCUGAAGGAUCAUCCUGCUGUAACGUGGUUAUGGCGUAAUGAAGGAAGAAGAAUGCUAGAUGAGCCCCACGGCAGAGGAUGCUAGAUGAGCCCCAGUCAUCAGAGAGGUGCAUGUCCAGACCAUCAGAGAGCUAUAUACGAGGAACAGAAACGCACGUCUCUGAGAGGACACCGAAGUGGAAACAAACACGUGUGUGGAAGAAUACGCGGUCCAUACCUGGUCCGCCAUCUUGGCGGCAUGGUCCUUUGGGCCACUAUACUAUUCCUGCAAGGAGCUGGUUUUGUCGGCUCAGUGACAGGUAUUCCAGGAGUUCCAGAAAAUAUCACGGUGAUGUUCCUGAAUCCAACGUCUGUCCGCGUAUCUUGGAGCACCAGCCAAGUGGAGCAAGUGGAGAAAUACGAUGUCACGUACAAGCCAACAGAUGCCAGGAAACACAAUGACAGUUACAGGGUGGUGGCGGUGGUCGCAGGAAACAGCGAAGCGGUUACACUCAGCGGCCUUAGAGCUGACACACAGUAUCAACUUGUCGUCACCGCCGUCAGAGCUGGCAAAAAGUUUCGAAGUCGACCGAUCGUCUUCCGUACGCUAGAACCGCCAAGAACAUCCCCUCAACAGGAUGCAACGGUGACUGAUGGCCCUCUUCCACCUCCGCCACCUUCUUCUCAACAACCGCAACCCUACAUACAAGUUCGUGGUGUAGAAGUGGGCAUCGUGGUGUUGGUGUUGAUCUUCUGGGCGGGCGCGAUAGCGUUAUUUUUCAACCGCUGGGGAAAAAUUCGCAUGUUGCUGCCAUACCAACCUGAUUACAAAGAACAGUUGAAGGUUCCAGGGACCGGGGUAUGCACAGCGACGAACUCUGCAUACACGCAACACCCGACUCAACACAACUGCUCUCAGCAUCUGCACUGGUCGAGCCAUCACGUGGACUCCUUGGACAGCGGAGGUGGUUUAGGGUGGCCGAGAACAUCCAGACCGAGGGUGAAUAGUGCCAUCGACGUGGCCGGCUUCCUGUCCCAGGAAUUCUUACGACGGCACGGUUCAACGUCGAAAUUGUGCCGGAAGGUUCGCAGUGCAGAUAAUUUGCCGUUGGCAUCGACGAAUCGACAAGAUCAACGAAUCUCAAAGGAAGAUGGCAUCGAUGGCGACAAAGAGUCCUUCUUAAAGCCGACACAAGAAGAAAAAUACGAGGAUUUGGAAUCGAAGAGGCAGGGCAGCUUAGAAAGCGGUCCGAAAGAUAAUCCUGAACUAUCCUUGCUUGAUCCUAAUCAUCAACAACAGUCUUCAAGAGAGGAUUGUUGUGGAUGUUUCAGGGAUUCUCCGAUAACGUCUUCAUCAUCGUUCGUCGGCCGACGUUUCGGGGGAUGGCGAGCCGGCGGCAGUCACGAAUAUGUUCGCUGUCCUGUACGACAACCUGCUUCCAUGGAUGAGCGGUGUUAUCGGCGAUCCUGCGAUUCCGACGCUCGUCUAACCCGUUGUCAUCAUCAUCACCGUCGCGGCGGGAUCGAGCGGCAUUCGAAGAGCUGCGACUACGCGCGACGCACCCCCGAAUCGAGCAUCGAGGUGCAACAUUUCGGUCUGCCGAUACUCAGCGUCAGCGAACCCAGCCCUCCGGACGAAAACGACAGGGUGGACGAAUAUUUGUAGGACUUGCUUGUCGAGGAGUUCCUUCAGGAAAUCCUCGUCUGAUGAUGAUUCGUCAUGCUUCAGAAGCUGUUGAGUUUGUGCUCAACCAAAGUGGUUGAAGGGGUAAGCUCGAAGCAAAUCUCGAGAUCGUCUUCGAAACGAAGUUUAGGUGAUUCUUUUGCGUUCGAACUUGACGAUUGACCCCAGGUGAGAAACGUGGAGUAUGUGGGUCCAAAGGUAUUUGUAAGCAGAACUAAAUGAUUCUAAACGACUAAACGAAGAAUUUGUUUUCCUGGUGGGAGAGUUGAACAUAUUUAUGGAUAAAAGGAGGUUUUUAUCUUUCUGAAACUAACAUUCAAAAUUGAAGUCUUUUUAGGUUGCUUUUAACCCCUUGCCUUAUGAUUUCUAAUGAUUUUUUAAUGAUUUUUAAUCAUUUUGAACAAGAAACGAUUUCUAAUGAUUGCUCAUAGUUUCUGAUGAUUUCUAAUGGUUUCUAAUGAUUUGUAUAUCUAAACAAAGUAAAUUAAAAUUCUUUUGAAAGUUUCAAACUCACAGGUUUAGCAGACCCCCAGCUGUGAUACGAAUGUGAUUCAAAAUUAUAAGGCAAGGAGUUAAACCAAUUAAGAUUCGAAGGAAUUAUCAUUAAUAAU